UGAAGUUAUCACACUCAAUGCGCCUACUGGGUCGCCUCGCAGCUCAAACCGGUCCUGAGCCUACAACGCUUAUAUUCACAGCACCGUACAAGCCUGGUAGACACAUUCCGUGCCAGUCUUCGAUUGUCCACCACUUCCAGCAGCAUUUCGCAGGUCUGAGAGACGCAAGGCCAUGUCGUCACGAAGAUCCGCGCGGCUCAUCGCUGCUUCAGAGGUCAAAGCCUCCCCAGCGGCAGCGGCAAGAUUAGCUGCUGCGAUGCCACCACCACCUGCAGCGGCCAAAUCACGGAAAAGAAAGGCGAGCGCUGUUGAUGAAUCUCAAGCAAAUCAGACAGGAAGAAUACCAAAUGCAGUGGCCUCAGAACCGCCCACGACGCCCCAGAAACGUCGGGCGACAAAGGUACCACCGCCGGUCACGCCCCCUCCUCCUCCGGCAACACCAACGCCAGAUGCUGCAAAGCUACUAGGUGAGCCACGAGUCAAUGGCACAACUCCGCUCGUGGCCAGGUCCAAAGCCGUCAACCGUCUGGCCAACCCACGCGGUACAAAUGCACAGCUGCUGUCCCCAGAGACCUCGAGGCUUGUGACUCCCAGUUCAGCGAGUCUACCCGAGUCACCGACCAAGCUGUCCCAGGAGCUGUCCAGCGCGACGAAUGGUCUCGUCGGCAGUCCAUCGAGGGCAACAACCACCGCCAACAUCCUCGAGGAAGCAUGCGCUCAUCUCAUCAAAAUAGACGCGCGCAUGAAGCCACUCAUCGAGAAACACCACUGCCGGGUGUUCUCGCCCGAGGGUCUGGCCGAGAGAAUCGACCCGUUCGAGUCCCUUUGCAGCGGGAUCAUAUCCCAGCAGGUCUCGGGCGCAGCCGCCAAGGCUAUCAAGAAGCGCUUUGUCGAGCUCUUCUAUCCUCCGCAGGAGGAAGGACAGCAGACACCGGACUCAACGCCCGCCAGACAGCGGUCAUUCCCGCAUCCUUCCGACGUCACAGCCGCAAGCAUUGAGCGUCUUCGCUCUGCUGGCCUGUCCCAGCGCAAAGCAGAGUACGUGCAGGGUCUUGCCCAGAAGUUUGCCAGCGGAGAGCUGAGCGCUCAGAUGCUUGUCGACGCACCGUACGAGGAGAUGUUCGAAAAGCUCAUCGCUGUCCGCGGGUUGGGAAAAUGGUCUGUCGAGAUGUUUGCAUGCUUUGCGCUCAAGCGGAUGGACGUUUUCUCGCUCGGCGACCUUGGCAUCCAGCGUGGCAUGGCGGCGUUCGUCGGGCGGGAUGUGGCCAAGCUCAAGAACAAAGGCGGCAAGUGGAAGUACAUGUCUGAACAGGACAUGGUUGAGAUGAGCGAUCGCUUCAAGCCAUAUCGCAGCGUCUUCAUGUGGUAUAUGUGGAGGGUCGAGGAGACGGAUGUUAGCACGAUGGAGUGAGCCCUUCCGACCGCUACUCGGUAUGAUUAAUGCAAUCUGCCCU